CGGGGAGCGGAGUGAGGAGACAGUGGGGGAGGGUCACGUGUGUACACACUGUAGAGCUCAGCAGCACUCCAGCAGUAGUAAUGCCUGUAACGGUCGGCCCCUUUUCAGAUCCAGCCUCGUCCGAAAAGUUGAUAGAUGCGGAGCGAAACAACUGAAAUCCACUAAAACGUGUUUUUUUUUCCCUCCCGCUGUUUUAGUUUUCACGAGCGCAAGUCUUUUUUUUUAUACCCAAAUGAAACGACUGAGAAAUGAGAGUGGAAAUGCUACAUCAAAACCCAAUGCCUCCAUAGGGUUGUCACCGAUCCAAGCCUAUACGUUUGUGUCGACCUGUUGAGAGUGCUUGAUCCGUGUCAGAGCCCAGCGAUGUGGAUCUGCAUGGUUUACAAUGAGACGGACACCAGCGUGGACUUCCGGCUCUGCCGGGACUUUGGCCUCAUCCUCUCAAUCCUCUCCCUCAUCUACCUCCUGGUGUGUUUCCCACUGGGCCUGUGCUACAAUGUGCUGCUGGUCGUGGUCAACCUCUCAAACAAGGUGUCCAUGACCAUGCCUGAUGUCUAUUUUGUCAACAUGGCCAUUGCGGGUCUCGUGCUCAACCUGGUGGCGCCUGUGGAGCUGCUGAGCUCCACCUUCACCCGCUGGCAUGUGUGGGAGUAUAACAAUGAGGUUUACAUCACCCUACUCAUCCUCUUCAACAUCUCAUCUCUGGUUAUCAUGUAUUCCACCACGCUGCUCAGUCUGGACUACUACAUAGAGCGCGCGCUGCCUCGCACGUACAUGUCGAGUGUGUAUAACACCAAACACGUGUGCGGGUUUAUCUGGGGCGGCGCAGUGCUCACGAGCUUCUCCUCGCUGCUCUUCUAUGUGUGUAACCACAUCUCCACCAAGAUGGUCGAAUGCUCCAAAAUGCAGAACAAGGAGGCAGCGGACUCGAUCAUGAUGUUCAUCGGCUACGUGGUGCCCGCCCUGGCUGUGCUUUACGCUUUUGUGCUCAUUCUGCGCAUCAGGAAGGAAUCUACACCAUUGGAUCAGGACUCUGCUCGCUUGGACCCUUCCAUACACAGGUUGCUGCUAGCUUCAGUCUGUGUGCAGUUCGUACUGUGGACUCCGUACUACAUGACUCUUUUAGUACAUACUGUAGUUGUUGCACCAGGAUACAUUAGCAGUGCACGUUACUUACCUACCUAUUAUUUCUUGAGAUGCGUAUCUAAACUGUUGGCAUUCUCCAGCAGCUUUGCAAUGCCUCUUAUGUACAGGCAGAUGAACAAAAACUUCUCCAACAAGCUCCAGCGGCUGCUCAGGAGGCUGCAUUGCAGAGACCAGUCCUGCCCUCGUGAACGCUCAACAGUACAGCAAGUGGUGACGUGAGAUCCCCCACCUCCCUUGCUUGCAUUUCCCACUUCUCGGCCUAGCCAGCACUUAUCUCCCCUCUAUAGCGCCAGUAUCUGACGGGGGUCUCUCACAACCCCGGACUGUUUUGAGAGCAACGUAGCUAACUCUGGAAUUUCCUGUCACCUUCCCGGAUUUUAAUCUGAUCUAUCUAGUUCUGCAAUGAAGGUACAAUGCAAACAAAAACCACUAAGUGCUGUUUUUUUGUUUGUUUGUGUGUUAAUUUUUUUUAAUACAUUUCUCCACCAAGAAGCUCAGGCUUCUAGUUUAAGGGUAGUAAAUUGGGAACAAUCAUCCAAUAACUACUGAGGACAGAGUUUCACAACAAAAAAUCCAGUUUUUCCGCGUCCUCCUUUGGGAGUGGGUGUGGUUUUUGUGCCUACAUUUCACCUCUAACACACAAGCAGAUCCAAUAAGCUAUAAAAAUUUAAUUAUCAAAUGCAGCCAAGUUACUUAGUUUUUUAACAGAACCCUCUCCACCCCUGCAAUGAUGGUGGCUGGUAUACCCAUAAGCAACCGCCACUAAUGAACGGUGUGCGUGCCAGUGGAAAUCAUUGUUUACCGCCCUCAAACUAUAAGCCUCGGCCAUUUCUUUUAUUUGAACUCAGUUUUCCUUCUGCUUUAAUUUGUUUUGAUUAUCAGAUUAAAUAAUCUUCACAUGUUGAAGGUGGAGUACAAUAUUAAGUGUGUCUUGGAUGCACACCAGUACUACCCUGUGGCUAGAACCAAGUACUGAUAUUAAGAUAUGUUCCCAUUUUAAUUUUAAAGAUUGUAUUCUGAAGUUUUGAUCCACUCAAACAUACAAAGAGAUUAUUUUUACAUUUGUCAAGCUCCACUAUAUAUAUACAGACACACACACACACACAUCUACACCACUUUGAAAUCACACAGAACUAAAUGGAACACUCACGUAAAGCUUGUAUUCAGGGUUCAGACAUAACCGGUAUACCUCGUGUGAUCUCUGCUGAUUAUAACCUUACCUGAUAACCACAAACAGUUUGAAAUCCACUCAUUAAGCUGAGCUGACAGCCAGUGUUCUGUUAACUUUUGAUCUAUUUCUGCAGGAAUUAUACACCCAGAGACUCACUUAGGGUCAGUGAAGCCCACACAGGGUCACAGAAAGAGCCCUGAGGGGUUGUCAUGCACAGGCCACAAGACUCAUGACUGGCUGUGAGGUUUUUGCACACUAACAGUAUCAAAAACCUUCUUAAACAUAUGAAAAGCCCACUUGAUAAGCACCUGGAAGCAGUGUGUACGAUACAGAAGAGUUUGAACUGUAAUGCUGCUCACAUGCAUUAAGGUAAUAUGCACAUUAUUAUCAAAGCUGCUUUGCUUCCUUGCCUGCCAUGGUAAACGGUGAACAGAACAAUCUGAUGGCGAUAAAUCCCAGCUAUCAGAACUAAAAACACGUUCUAGCAUUCGGUCUGCUGCUUCACUGCAUUAGUUUGCAUAUUGAAUUAAAGGGCCAGUUUGUUAAUCAGCCUGUGAAAUGAUACACCAGCAAGGUGGGGCGUCCACUCGAAGUUAAAUGGAGACGGGCGCGCUCUGAUAUGAAUCGUAUGUUUGUAUUCAGUUUUAAUUUACACCUUCAAGCACACAUUAACUCUGUUAAUGACCCAAAGCUGAGCUGAAAUGUUUGAAGUAUUUGGGCGAGUGCGCUUUUGCUGUAAAAUGUGAAGGAAUGCCAGAUGUACUAACAGGUUUGACCCUUUUUUUGCUGUCAAGAUUAUAACAAAGUCACGUACACACUCUCUCUAUUUUUCCAAGCAUUUCAUGCGCUGCCCUCAUUACAUGCAUAUGGAUUCGGUCAGUGGGAAAUAGUAUUCAACUAAAACGCAUUAUGUGCUGCCCCACAAAAUCCUUGAAUGGAUGGUUUUUGGCACAGUUAAUCAUUAUUUGCACUCAGUUCAGUGUCCUAAUGUGAACUGAGCAUUUAGGAAUGAAGAGCAAACACUGGACUGAAUUUCUAAAAGUCCUUUUUUUUUGUUAAACGUAGCAUAGAAAUUGUAUUUUCUAUGCUACGUUUUGUAAUUAUAAGUUCAUUCCUCCGAAAAACAUACUUAUAUUGAACAGGCACAACUUGUAUGUGCUUAUGCAGUUCAUGUGAUAUACUAUCAACUGCAUGUGAGUGUUAUGAAAAGAUAUCCAAACAGAGGGUGCUCAUAAUUAAUCUUGUUUAGCAUAAGACCUGAAGCUGCACCAAACGACACUAAGAGAAUGACAAUCAUGUAGAGAUUCCAGUAGCUAAAUAACUGCACUGUUUUGCUUCAAAAUACCAUCAAGUUUUUCUGAAUUGCUUGAAGAUGAUGUGUGCAUGUGCUGCCCAACUUUGCCUGAUCAGUUUUCUUUAACCACUGCUGUAAUUUCAUCCAUUAGUCUGGGUUUUUUUUUAAUGUUUUUUAACUAUCCAACCCCAAUUCCUUGGCAGAAUUAAUGAUCAGCGGUCACUACAUGGAGUGAUUGCGUGAUGUUCACAACUAGAAACUAAAGCGUGAUCAAAGCUCGAAUCACACCUAACUCAGAUGGCUGCUCGUGUCUGAGAAUGGUUUAUUAUUUCAGAGGCAGCCAAAACCUCACGUCAGCGCAAAGAAACAGCCCUAAGAGUUCUUGUAUGUUGAACAAGUACAGAUACAUUUUAGUUAUUUGAACAACCAAACCUCAAACAUCCAGAUGAAUCCACAUUCAGAUGUUAUGCUUUUGUGACUGUGUAUACAAGUGUAUAUGUAUAGUACAAAAUGAUUUGUAUAUAUUGUAUGUAAAAGUCUUGCAGGAGGACACCGUGCUCUUUGAAAAAAUACAGUAUUAUUUUCUGAGAGAUAUAUUUAGAUUCUGUAAGUACUCUACUGUCGGCUGAGUCAAAGACUGAUUAAACAAUAAACUAACAUGGAUAUAACCGCUCCUUCCUGUCUCAGUGAAAUCUUACCAUUCGUACGGUCAUGUGAACAAUGCUUCUGUUUGUCAGAUGUUUGUAUUAUUUUUAAAUAGUGAACAUGUUUGUGUUUUGAAUCCAUAGAUCUGAGCUUACGUGGAUGUUAGCUAAGUUACAGUCAUGUUGAGAUGUUGGUUAUUGGUGGACUGGUGGUGCAUAUGCAUGUGAGCUGUUCAUUAGUGACACUAAUCUCAGUAGUACCCCUGAUUAGAUGAUGGGAUGAGUGAAUCAGCUCUGAUGUAGGCAUUUAUAUACUCACUGGCCACUUUAUUAAUUACACUGUGCUUGUACCA